GUCCGCUUCCGGAUCUAUAUCGCGCGCGUCGUCGCGACCUUGAGUAGCUCACGAUCGCGGCCGCAGCUGCAGCCUAUACGGGUUUUUUCGCUGGACGCGAGUAUCAGUCGCCUCUACUCGUCGCUUCGUAUGAGAGACGUAAAGACUCUCGCGCGCGGGUGUGUGUUGAGUGUGCAGUUUGUUGUUUGUCGAAGAGAGCAAGACAGAAGAGCGGCGUCUUCGGAGAGCUGCUGUUGCUGCUCUCACCGCCCUAGGCCUCGAGUGUAAUAGUGUCUAUUGACACAUACAAGCACUUUGAAGUUUGAUGGAAGAUGCGAUGCGCCCAUUGAGUAGUGCGGCCUCAUGGCUGAUCUGCAUUAUACCGCCAUGCCCCGCGAUUUGUCUACCGAGUCAGUUUCCACUCUGCGGCUGUCUGAGUAUGGACCCAAUGAUUGCUCUGACAAAUCCUAUAGUCCAGACUCGAAUUCCUUUAGUGGACUCUUGUUGCCCAGUGGUGUGAAUUCGGGUGACAAGAGUCUAAAAGAACGUAAGGAAUACAGAGAAAAAUGUAGGACGUAUAGAAAAUAUUCUGAACUGACACCGCCCGCUAUAUCAAGCUGUUAUGACAAUUAUGGAUCUGUGGCGUGCAAAUCCAAUUCAUUACCUGGUCGCUGCAAUGUCAGUUCACCAGUACCAAAUGCCACAGUGGCUACUGAGAUUCCAGCUGAAGACCUAGCAUCACAACUAACAUUGCUCGAUGCUAGUGUCUUCAAAUGCAUAAGACCUGAAGAAUUAUCCAGUUGUUCGUGGAACAAAAAGAACAAACUCUUGGUUGCCCCAAAUGUUGUCAGCUUCACAAGGCGUUUCAAUCACGCCAGCUUUUGGACAGUUCAAGAAAUAUUAAAUGCACCAACACCAAAGCAAAGAUCUGAAAUUCUAGCACAUUUUAUACGAGUAGCAAAAAAGCUAUAUGAUUUGAAUAAUUUACACUCUUUAUUUGCUAUUAUAUCUGGUUUACACAGCGCGUCAAUUUACAGAUUGAACAAAACGUGGGCUUGUUUAACAAAAAAAGAUAAAAGCACCUUUGACAAACUUGCAGAAGUAUUUAGUGAUAAAAGCAAUUGGAUGAAUCUUCGAGAACAUAUGGAUAGCAUCAAACUGCCAUGCAUACCUUAUUUAGGAUUAUUUUUGACAGAUCUUGUAUAUAUAGACAUGGCACAUCCACCAACCAAAAAUGGCGACAAUCAUCAGCGAAUCUUGAAGAUGAAUGCUGUUUUAACAAAAGUAGCAAUGUUUCAAGCCAGCGAAUAUCCCGGCAUAGUCCCUCUACCCGAUGUUCAAAGAUAUUUGAGCAGUGUUCGUUAUAUAGAAGAAUUACAAAAAUUUCUUGAGGACGAUCAUUUUAAAUUAUCAAUGAAAUUGGAGCCAAAUUCACCAAUCCCGUCUUCAAGUAGUAGUAAAGAAUCAGUUGGCGAUGUAGUGACGGGCGUCGCAGCUUUGUCUUUAUCUCCAGCGCGAGGCUGUGCAGGAUCUUUGCGUUUGCAUGCUGCAUCAGCAGCUAAUAAAUUUGUACCUGGACAUCGCAAGUGUCGUAGUCUUGGGACGAACAUAUUCGGCAAGGCUGUAGUUCCUCUGGAGGCAAAUCACGUAACGGUUCGUCAUUUACUUGACGAUUCCGUGCUGGAGGAGCCGCAUUUGGCUACGCAAAUCGUAGACCUCGAUCAGAAUUCUCCAGGAUCGCCGGCCGACGCUAUAAACGAUGACUGUAGUUUACUGUCCAAGACUAGUACGCUGUCAGUCUUGGCAUGCGAUAUUGAUGGUUCCAUAGAGCCUCGUUGCAUAAUGCAAGGAUCUUUGAGGCGAAAAGUUGUUCUACGAGAUGGACGGAAACCCGCGGUAACAACCUGGCAAAGAUACUGGGUCCAACUUUGGGCAUCCUCGAUUGUAUACUUUUCUCCGAAAUGCUUCAAAGGAAAUGACAGAGGGGACUUUAAAAGGGAGCCGUACAAAAUGGUGUCUAUAUUGGGUUGGAUUGUUGAAACGUUGGAUAAUACGUUUCACGGAGAUACUUUCCUGUUAGCAGAUCCGAAAAAAGGAAACGUAUAUAAAUUCCGAGCGACGUCGAACGAAAUGGCAGACCAAUGGCUGAAGGAAUUACGGGCAACUGUGCGCGGUGCGACGGAUCGAAAGCCCAUUCCAGCAAAUCUCAUGUCCUUCGAGUGAGAUCAAUCGCGGAGACGCUGCAUCCCCGCUGAUUUUUUUCUUUUUUCGAACUGUGGAAAAAAACCAGUUGGCGGCAAGAGUCGUGUCAGUAUGACAUUGAAAAAUUCGUACACAUCACACAUUCGAAACGAAUUUGCAGAAUACGUGAAAGCAUAUCGUAGCAAGUUUGCAUACAUACGUUACAUGAGUUCAGCUUCACGAGAGAUUUACUGUAGAACGUAAACUAUGUAUAGAUACGUCAUCGGAGCUUCAUUACUCAAAUCUAAAGAGCAAUAAUUUUUUUUUUACUAUUUAUAGUCAACAUCGCUCUCUACCGUUAUACUUAAGGGCCGCGACACACUCGCCUAUAGAACUAUAUCAAAGAAUCUUUAUAUCGUAAUAACUGCAUUUGCCACACAUAUCGGUCUCAGCUUUAAAAAAUACAAAAAAUAAAAUACCCUCACGCGUGCACUUUUCUGUGUUUAGAAUUGUCUGGCGUUUCUACGUAAUCUAGCCGAUGUAUAUUGUAUACUUUAAUACCUUUAUGUUAUUUAAAUUAUUUUAAUUUUAAUCACACAUAUUAUCUUAUCGAUGAUUUUGGUUUUAUACUCUCUUUUUUCUUUAUAAAAGACUAAGUAGUACGUAGCUGCAAGUAUCCUUUUGUUUAGGUAGAUGCAAAUUAAAAGGAAAAGUUACGCGUACAUAUAUCUAGAUUAAACGAAAAAAAACUAUUAUAGUCGUGUAAGACUGUCUAAAAAGUACAACAUUGAGCAUUUUCAAUGAGCGAAAACGAAACUUAAGAGAGAUUUUGCAGUUUUAACGAGGAGAACAUGUGAGGUCAUUGGAAGAAUGCCCUUGGAUAUACCAAUUAGUUAUACGGUUUUUUUGGUUGAUAAAAAACUUCGGAGUCAAAUUAUCAAAUUACUGCUGUUUCCAAACUAUGAAGUCUAUGUCUUUGAUAGCGCUAAACGCAAUGGUUGGAUUUUCAAAAAAAAGAACAUCGUUACGACUCAUUAUUUGAUUGAGAUAUUGGCGAAUGUGAAAAAUAGCAUGUAUGUCUUGUAAAUCACGUCAAUUACUAGUAAUUAAAACAAUUUGUUUUUAGUUUUAAAGUUUGUUGUUGGAACCAAAAGUGAAGGGAUUCUUGCGUUUACUUGUCUAUGAAAAAAAUCGUUAGUUUUAUAACAGAAAGAGCAAUCGGCAUGUUGCUUUGAAUAAUUUAAAAAAUGGCAGGGCUUUUGUAGUUGUUGAUGUUACUGCACUUUAUACUCUAAUGUUUAAAAGGAUUCCUUUAAGGUAGUUAUAUUGAUAUAUUUCGUAAGGUGCCACCAAAAGAAAAUACUUGCCAGAAACAAUGUAGGGUCAAGACAUAAUUAAAAAAAAGUAAUUGACAUAGGAGUACUUGACAGAAUUGUAAAGUUUUUGUACGAUAAAUAGACUCUCAGGGUUAUUGUAACUGUCAUUAACUGACUCUUUGUAUAAGCUUCGUACUCACUUCCGAGCCUCAAACCUCGUAGAACUGAGUUUCUUCUCUUCGAAAGAUUCAACAAACGCUUUAAGAGGAAGACGAUCGAUAGUAAUACAAAAUCAAUAAAGAGCUUCGUAAAGCAAAGUGUUAAUUAAUCGCUAAUUCUUUGAGUUAAAAUUAUUUAUUCAUAAUCAUACAAAAUUUAGUGAUAUUAACAUUUUUCAUUGUUGCUAAAAGUGAUGUUUCGAACAAAAUAUUAUUAUUGCUGUUGCUUUAUAAACACUUUACUGAUUUGUAUGAAAUAAUCUCGUUACAUUUCCUCUCAAUACUAGUAACAAGUCGUUAGAUUAACCUUAGAUAAGAUUAAAACAUCGAUUAAUACUCUCAUCAAUCGAUUGACAUCUGAUUUUUUUUUAAUUUUCAAACGAAACCGACUAUUUUAGCGUUUUAUACUCGAAAACAGCAUUACUAAGUUUGAGUUUGAUUACAACUCGGUACUUUAUGUUCUAACAUUAAUUAUGUGAUGAUAAAAUCAUUCGAUUUCACUGAAGUUCGAUAACCAUGUUUAUAAUUAAUUUCUUUUCAUUCAUCUUCUGUUCAAGAUUGAUAAAAUAAAAAUAUCUUCGGAUUAUCCAUCAGUGAAUUGUUUCACGUUUUCAAUAGAAAAUCGCAUACUAACUCAUUCAAUGUGAUUUGAUCAGCACAUUUGUUUAAAGUAGCAGUGGAUAACGAUGAGAUGUAUAUCGAUCGGUUGUUUUAAACCUAUAGCCGGAAAAUCGAUAGAAAAAAAUGUAAACGAAUGAAUGUUCUUGUAGCUAGAUGAGUGUCCAGCUAGAUUUAAUCACGUCGUUUGUAAAACCGUCGCCUUUGUGGAUCAUCAUAUCGCAUUUUUACAUGAAAUAGAGGUACAUUGUUGUUGAGUCGAUUUAAUGCUAGCUCUAGCUGAAUAUAUGUUAUCUUAACGUUUAAGUUUUCAAACUUGUCUACGAAAUCAGAAACAUAAGUUAUCCUAAACAGCGCUUCGACAAAUAAUUUUUACUGAUUUAAAAAAUCAGAGAUCUGCACGUUUGUUUACUUCUACACCAACAAAAUUUGAAAUCUUGGUUUACAGUCGAGUAAUUAAUAUUCAUUCGAAGGGUACAUAUAUCUUUUCAGAAUCACUAUAGCGUCAGAUCUCUGAAAAAGUGCGUGCUUCUGAUCUAUGCGUUAAAGCAAGAAAAAAAUGUUGACGCGAAAAGUAUGUAUAUCUAAAAUAAUAACCCGCCUCUCGCUUUCGAGAAAAAGACUGAUUGACUUAUUUGUCGCUUGUUUCUUGAGCGCGUUUAAGCCGUAAAGAAAUAGAUUUUCUCGAGCUCAAAAUGAUGUAUAUUCUGCGUUUUUUUUUUUAUGAAGUGACUUUUAAUUCGCACGAGAUCUAUCUUAACGAAGAACUAUACGCAUACAAGACUUUUCCGUACUGCACGUCACUCGCAUGUUACAUAUGUGUAAAAGUCGAAGCGCGAAAGCUUUCAAUUUCGCGAAGGAACUUCAAUUCUUGUACGUAGGUCUAGUGUAGAAAUAGUUCGGAGUUCUGAAAAGGGAAAUCGAUUAUUCUGUUUCCAAUCGUAUAACAGACGUCGAUGCAUCAUUUUGUUGUUGAUCAAUAAAAUAUUUUUUGUUUUUAUUUUAUAAUCAAUGGAGUUUGUCAUAAAUAUUUGCGUUUGUUUAUUUUCGUUACAUUAACACAAUGGUAACACUUUAAUAUUUAUGUUAUAGUCGUUUACCACCAAACAAACACUUUUUGUUACAUGUAUACAUCAUAUACGUAAAAUUUAUUUAUUUUUGAUUUUCACACUAAUGUAAAUGGAGCCUAAGCUAAUUAAUAAUAGAGUAAAAACGUAAUGAUAAUAAAAUGCAUCCGUGUCUGUUUUAAAAAUAUAACGUGACUGAAUCUGUAGAAACAAUGCCAAAAAAGAUUUGUUUUCUCAUUUUACCGUAUCAACAUAUGUAGUUUGUUUAUAAUUAUAUUUUUGUCCAGUGAAUGUAUAAUAUAUAUGUAUACGUUAUUGAUAAUGUUCGAAGAUGUGUUUAAUAUCAAAGGAAUUGAUGAGCAAUCUUAUAGGAACUUCUAGUUUAGAUUCAUUUAAAUUUUCGUUUUGAGAUUAUUGCGUUUUGAACCUAACAUAAUCAUCUUGCGCAUGUGGAAUGAAAGCUUUAAAAAGUCAAUAAAAAAUGAACUUUU